UUCGUCUUCUUGUUCGAUGGAAUGGUCGGGUGGCAAACUCUGACAUUGGUAUCAAUUAUGAAGACGGUGAAUCCACAAUGUUGAAAAUUGAGUAGAGAUUCACGUGGCAAGAACUUUGUAACAUUUGUGCAGACAGGAUUUGUAUGGGCGGACAGAAGAUACCUGGAAAAAUUACUUACUCAUAUACAAACAUGAGUACUGGCGGGGUUAUGUUCAAGAAGUUGUCAUAAAAUGAUGAUGACGCGGUUACCAUGAUGUAACAGUUCCUAGCUGACAACAAGAUGCAACUUGCAGAGGUCUAUGUUGAGACCUAGGUGGUCGGUAAAAAUCAUUCUCGCCAGUAUUCGUAUAAUGAUGGUUUUGCAGGCUGGUACAGAUGGGAUGGUAGUUCAAACAACUACGGAGGAGGUAGUUCUGCAGGAGGGGUGUCAUGGGAAGAAUACCUGCAACGUGCGGAGCUGCCCCAUUUGUUGAGCCUGAGGGCGAUCAAUGGCCUGCUUGGGGCCCAGAGUGGGCUGACAUUGAGAACACCAUUCGAUCUGUGCGUACUUCGCAUGAGCAAGAAGAUGAUGUUGGUGAUACAGGUCAUGAAAAUCCUCAUGGCCCGAGCUAUCCAUUCGUCGCCAGCGAUAGUGAAAGUGAGGAAGAUUUGAGACCAGUCAGUGAGGAGGAUGAUACAGGCGAUAUCGACGACAAUGAUGUGGCGUUCCGUGAGCCACCAACGCCAUACUACACAAAGGUUCCAUCUCAAUUUUUAUAUAGUCAGAACGAUGCCCAUGACUUUCACCCUAUGCCAGUGUAUAAUUCGACGGCCAAUUUGGAGGUGGAUAUAGUGUUCACUUUGAAAGACACUGUUCAAGAUACUUUUAGCGAACAAGCCAUGAGGCGCAAUUUCGAGUGAAAGGUAAAAUAUUUUGACGACAAACAACUAAAUGUCAUAUGCAUGAAUGUUGGAGAGUGGUAUGUGGCAAAUGAGUCCAUCGCACCAAGCAUUCUUCCACGAUAGGAAACCGCGCCAACUUUAGCUGAAUAGCAACAUCGAUGACGACAAACAACGAUGACCGAGUAUCUCGGCCGGCUGGCUGAAUAGCAACAUCGCCAUCAUCUGACACUGGCGGAACCUCGACUGGCGCAGAAGGUGGCACACCCCGUUAUGGUCGUAACAAAGUAACAUGGAAAAC